UGUGCAAGUACCUAUAGUUUUUUGGGCUUGAGCCAAAUUGUUCGAGUGCAUGCUGUAAUUUGCGUAUCAUCUCGUUAAAAUAACUCUUUAUGGAAGUUUGGUACACCUAAAAUAUGGCUACAGAAAUAUUUUUAGGUUCUCUUUUCUUUUCAAAGUAAGAGCGACAUACUUGUAAAAAGCAGACGACGCAAAGUGGUGGUAUUGGAUAAGAGGACAGCGACAAUUCAGUGUGCGAGAACACCGGAACUAGAUUGCCGUCGUUGCCUGGAUAUCUUAUGCUCAAAGCAAGAAAAAUUUUUUGAGCGUCGGGAUUACAGAAUACUGAUCUAGCGUAUAAAUAAAGGAAGUACCAUAUCGUUGCAAGACAGUCUUUACCAUGCAGAGUCAAAGGCAUCUUGUUUCAUCUCUUGUACGACCUCAGUCUGCUUUUUGUGGACAUCAUGUUUCUGAGUUGGAGAAAGAAGCAGCUUCCAGAAGUCUGCGGCCAUGUACAGCUGUUCCUAGACAACGUGGAGAGUUGACACCUAAAAAGGUGACACGACAGAGACUGAGCAAGCCACAUCUAAAAGCAAGUCGGGACACUGAUGAUAGAGGAAAAAGUAUACUAAGGAUCUUGAAUUCUGAGACAUCAAGGAGCACAAAUUCUUCCAUAAGCAGCAGUGAACUAGAGAUGGAAGUUGUGAGCAUGGUUGGAAGAGAAAAGACAUUAAACACAAGUCCAGCAGGUGAACAAGCAGAAACAAAAGAUCCAAGGCAUAGAGCUCAGUCCCUUAAGCAGCAUACUUCUUUGGAAGCUUGGAGUACAGUGUCAUCCCAUGACUCAGAAGAAUAUGACACAGAUCUGGAUGAGAAGAGUACAACUGCUGUAAAAGAUGCAUCUCAGCUUGCAGUCAGUGAAGCAAGUGGCCUAGAUGUUUAUGAAGAACAGUGCAGGAAACAUGGGUUUGUGCCAAUUUCCUACAUGAGGAGGCACCUUGGAAAGCGUCACAUUAGGAUGCGACACCAUUAUCUAGGAGGAAAGGCUGCCCAGCUUCUGGCUACAGCAUUUAAGCACAACACUGUCACAGAAUGUCUGGAUCUGAGUGAUAACUGUCUAGAGACAAGUGGAGCGGCUGCACUAGCUUACAUGAUGAGAGAAAACACCUUUAUUGUAAGGCUGAAUGUAUCAAACAACUCCAUUGGAUCACUUGGGUGCAAAGCAAUAGCAGAUAUGCUUGACAGCAAUACAACAUUGAAAAGUUUAUCAUUGGCUGGGAAUCAGCUAGUGGACAGGGAUGCAGUGUGCUUCAUUGAGCCUUUGAAGAACAACCUAUCUCUUGCCUGUCUUGAUCUCAGCCAUAAUGAGUUUUCAGAGAUGGGGGGUUUGCAUAUUGGAGCUGCAGUGAGUGUAAAUGAUGGAAUCAGUGACCUUGACCUCAGCUGGAAUUCGAUACGCAGGAAAGGUGCUGCUGCCUUAGCAAAUGGUCUGAAGGUGAAUACAACACUGGAAGUGCUUGACCUUAGCUGGAAUGGCUUUGGUCUUGAAGGAGCUAUAGCUUUGCAGAAGGCUUUGCAGGUCAACACAUCUCUCAGAGUUCUUGACAUUUCCAAUAACAGACUUGAUGCUCAGUGUGCCUUAAAACUGGCUAUUGGUUUGAGAAAGAAUCGUGGGCUGGAGACUCUUAUUCUUAACCUGAACCCCUUAGGAGAUGAAGGCAUUGAAGCAAUCCUGAAGUCUGUAACAGCCCAUCCUAGCAUGAGGCUCUUGUCUCUUGAGAACUGUGGGGAGAUGGGGAUAAACCAGACAAACCUUCACCGCAUAAAAGAACUAGAGCAAGAUAAAGGAAUGAUUAUUCUUCAUGGAGGAUCUGGCGGUUACCAGAGAACUUCUAUCCUGAUGAGUGUGCUGCGACUUUUUGGACGCUUUUUGCGGGAGCACAUUGUCGACCUUGAUGCAGCAUUUAAACAGCAGGACAAAGACCACAGUGGUGUGUUGACAGCAGAAGAAAUUAAACAAAGUCUGAGGACAGCAGGAUUUCGACUCACGAGUAGGCAGCUAGACUUACUUAUAGAGGAAAUAGACUUUUUACACUCAGGAAACAUCAGGUGCCAGGAUAUUCUUUCAGGAAAGUUCUUUGUGGAGUACCAGAAGAGGCGCCCAUCACGUGGUUUAGCACUUUCUGGAGAAUUUAAAGGUGAAAUGCAAAUUACAAGUCCAUGAUUGCGUCUGCUGACCACUAGUUUCCCUUACAGAUUGCAUGUGUGUGUGGAUGCACAUGCAAACACACAUUCAUGUAAGAGCACACACACACACACAAGCAAGUGUACACCUGUAUGUCAUGAUCAGAAGAUAUCAGAUUUUAAAACAUGGACAGUCCCUGAAGAGAGAGAGACUGAUAAAACUUUUAGAAAUGCAAAACACAGUUGAUGGAAUUUUCCUCAUCAUGGCUUGUUUUGAAGUCUGACCAUGGACGUUUCCAAACAAGUAUUCUCACUUGGUAGUAAACAUCUGUGCAUACUAUUCAUGUAAAUUCAGAGAUAAAUAAUUCUAAUAACUGUCAGAUAAUUUUGUAUGUCUUUGCAUUCACUUUAAAGUUUCUUGUGAGAGCAGCAGGUUUUAUGGGGGAAAAAAUCUGAGAUUUAUAAUUGAUUGAUUUAUUAUAUUGUUUAGCUUAUGCGGUCAUAUAUCUGUGGUUCAUUUCUGUGCCAUGAGGGAGCAGUGUAUUCUAUAUUAUUAAUCAGGUACAGUGUUUCUUUUUAUAGAAAUAACUGAUCACUAGUGCCUUGGACUAAAUCAGCUUUUGUGAACAGCAUUUACUUUGACAGUAUUGUUCCUGCAGUGUUUUUAAUCCUGUCAUUUUAGGAAAACAGCUUUAAUCAUUUUAUGUGAUCUGAAUUUCUUUUCAGUCCUUGUAAAUAUGCUUUGUGAUAUCUAUCAUGUUAUUAUAAAUGCUGGGUUUGCAAGAAGGCAUGUUUUAAUUAUAGAGGUGUGAGUGUAAGUAUGAAAGGGAUUACAGUUCUACGUAAAGUUGUAUCAAAUUAAUUCCUAAUAGCAUAUUUACUGUCUGCCAAUGCAGUUGAUUUUCUUGGAUACCAAAGAUAAAUUGUAAAUGUUAAAUUCGUAGUGUUUAAAUGUCUUUUGUAGAGGAGGAUUGUCUUUGAUAGAUAUAUUCUUCAUUAUCGUUCUGUUACCUGUGUUUUUUUAUGAGGAGAGUAAAAAUUUAUUCUGACAAUUAAAAUUAUAUUCAUAA